AGAAGCAACCUCUUAGCAGAACAUGCUGAGUCUCAGCUCAGGCCUCCACACAAUUAUCUUCGAUUGGAUCCACCUGUUACCGGUUGCAUUUGUUGAGCAGGAAGCUCGCUCAGUCUGCCCAAGGGGUUGGCCUGUAGAGUUCAUUCCUGCCACAAACUUCAUUAAAAACCGCAAAAACAGGAAACCUACAGCUACCAGUUUCUCCAUCCUUCACACUAUGGGUUGUGUAGUUGGAUUUGGGUGGUUUAUUCUCCUGAUAGCACUUGUAACCACAGAGGCUCAAAAGAAACCCUCCAUAAAUAUCAGCCCCAAAUGCCUGGGGAAUGUCAUGCGUGUGGAUGUCGGUCCACUUGAAGGAAAACUUCUGGAAGUUGCUGUUGUCACCAAUAACUCUGCCAUCCUUCUCACACCAAGUUUAGCUUCUCAGUGUGGCUUCAGUUUGAAGACGGACCAGCUGGGGAACGCCAUGAUUUAUGCCUCCCUUCAAAACUGUUUCGCUCAAAAUGUGGAAGAUAAGGCAUUCACAACAACUUUAAAUCUUCGACUGCAUGGGAACUGGAUGGCUGAAGACGAGCUGUACGAGGUGGCUAAAACUUGCCACUACACUGCCUGGGCUUCCAGAGAAAUCGUCUGUGACCACAGCUACAUGGAGGUGUCUGUGAAAAGGGCAGCUGCAGCUGAUUAUGCCCUCCCUGAACAUCCGGUCCCAGGGGCUAAUUCAAAGUUUGGUGAUCCUCGACGAGCUGCUGAGAAACAGCCCGUAGAUACAGGAUUCAGCAUCACAACGCUUGUGUUCUUCACUCCUGAGGAGAGGAUUAUGAAGGUGGCUGAGGCCCAGAGAAGUGGUUACGGGAUUGCAAACACCGCUACGAGGCUGUUUCUGAGAAGUCCAAAGACUUCACCUGAGACGUACAUCCAGAAUGUAGCAGGGGUGCCCAUGACUGUGCUAAAAACCUCCAUAAUAUUUGAAAAGAAGUGGCUGGCGACUCAAAUCGAUGCAGCAGCUGCCUGCCCAAAACUUGAGGAUAGUGUUUUCAUCACUCCAAACGCAAUCAGCUGGUUCCUGCCGCGGCACAUUGACCCUCUGAUUUCAUCAGGCCAGUUUACAUUGUUAGAGGUUCACAUGGGCAUCGACGGCCAGAGGCUUGAACCUGCCGAGAUGGCCGCCAGGCGUUACUCCCUUUCUGUCAAUGACGUACACAUCAUUGUGGAAAUUCCUGUUGGGGCUGUUGGAGGCUACUUUAAGAGCCAUGUUCAGGAUGAUCAGUAUCUCACUACUUACACGAUUGAGCCGAUGCUCGAGUUGCUCUGGACUGAAGAUGUCACUCAUGAGGACACGAGAUACAAAGUCCUCCUUCCCAUCACAACACCAUUACUGUCUCGUCCUCCGCGAGUAAUCGACAACACUGUUCCUGAGGAGCGGCUGUUUAAAGUGCUGCUCGGGCCUUUUGGCUCUGAUGUGGCACUAAUGAACAUUACCUUCCCCUCUGAGGUUUUGACUGUGACGGACUGCAGUGCCAGAGGUUUUAACGUCAUGGAGCACAUGUCCCCUGACGGCAGCUCUAAGGUCUUCACACUAGAAGUGCCUUUCAAAGACCGUGUUGUACUACAAAUGAGAGAAAUGGGGAUAACCGUCUACUCUCUUCACCUGACCUUUGGCUUGCUGGUUCUGCCAGAGUUUGCACCAUUUUCCCACACUGCUUAUCUAGAAGCAAAAUUAGUAGACAUUGUUUCUCCUUCUAUUUCUGGAGGCUGUGACUAUCAAAACUUCUACAUCCUUGUGAAAUAUGGAACCCACGGAUUUAACUUUCAGACCAUUGUGGGAAAACAAAUGCUGACAGCAGGUCUGGCUCAGCAGUACGGCCUCAUGGAGAACGGAACACAUUUAAGUUUUGUAGUGCCGUUUUCAGGCCCCGCUGUUGUGUUUGAGGCUGUUCAGGCGUCAUCCAUCAGGAGCAGACUUGAUGUGGUUCUGAGGAGUCCAGAAACCAACAAAAAUAUCAAAGAAUUCUCACUGGCUUGCAAUUUCUUCUCAACGCUGACUGAGUGUUUCCCUAACGGAACCAUGACUGCUCUGGCUGUGAAACUAGAGUCUGUUCCCAGUCUGAACCCAAGUCAGCUCACCCUCAGGGAUCCCACUUGUGGUCCCUCCUACAGCGAUGACCGCUACGCUUACUUUGUGUUCACUGGGAACUCCUGCGGGACGACCAGAAAGUUUUUGCCCAACAUAAUGCUGUAUGAAAAUGAAAUUUCUCUGCCAGACGAACUUGAAACAAAAACGGAAUCAACGUUGAAUGAGCCGGAGUACGAGUUAAAGGUUUCUUGUUAUUAUGACAUCAAUGGCACCCAUGCUGUGGCCUUCCACACCAGACCUCGCAGGAGUGAACCGUAUGCUGAAAAUGCAAGAGGCGAACUGCAAAUUGCAAUGAGACUUGCGUUGGACGACUCCUACACCGUAUUUCACAGCGCUGAGGAUUAUCCCAUAACAAAGUACCUACAACAGCCGUUGUAUUUUGAGGUGGAACUGCUGAGGUCUACAAAGCCUGAAAUAUCACUGGAGCUGGAGACCUGCUGGGCGACACUUGACAACGACAGGACAUCACAACCCAAAUGGAACCUCAUCAUCAAUGGCUGUGUAAACCCAGUGGACCAGUACCAGGUGAUCUUCCAUCCUGUUUGGGUUGAUGCCAGAGUUCAGUAUCCUUCUCACUUUAAGCGUUUUGAGGUCCUGAUGUUUGCCUUUGCUGAAGAUAAAGAGAACUUGAGUCGCCAGAUCUUUGUCCACUGUGAUGUGGUGAUUUGUGAUGCCAGAAAUCCACUGGGUGGAGCUUGUAAUAGGCAGUGUUCAAGCAAGGAAAACCAGACAAAAGGUCAAAAACGAGCUGUUCCAGAUGACCAUAGUUUCAGACAUGUGUCAUCAGGACCCAUACUUAUAAGCUGACAAAAACAAUAAAAUUUUUUUUUU